GUGGGCAGUCUGCGUGUGAAAGAUUGUUCUCUUUAGCCCACUGGGUCUCAGCCUGACUGCCCAGUUCCAGCUGGGGAGAUUUCUAAGAAUACUGAUGCCGGCCCCUCACCCCCUUUUCGGCCCCAGGCCCAUAGCAUCUCCAGUGGGGGAGUCAGCAUUUGUCAGAGGCCCCAGUGAGAUGGUUGAGUAUUGUGUGCAGUCAGGGAUGAGCCCGAGGGCUCAGAGCUGUGCAGUUGUCUGUUCUGCCUGACUGUCACCAGAGCCCCUCCCGGCCCUCCCUGGCCCUGUUCUUUCUUCCUGGCACUGCUCACCACCCCACUAUGCUCCCCACCAGCUUUCCAGAAACAGAUGAGAUCUGAUUCCCCAGGACAAAGGCCAGUCUCCUACCCUGGCAUUCAAGGCCCUCCUUGCCAGGGGUCCCUACUCAGAAAUGACACCACAUUUCCCCUAUAGAGUCCUCCCUGUUCCCCUCUUCUCUCCAACUCCUGUCCUACAUGAAUCCGUGUGCUGAUUCUAUCGGCUCUGCCUUCAGAAUAUAUCUCAACUCCCAACACUUCUCACGACCCUGCCAUCCACAUCUACUCCCCAGCCCGGCCACCACCUUCAUGCACCCACAGUGGCCCCACUAGUCUUGCUUUGCCCUUGCCUCCCUCCAUCCAAUCUCCACACAAUGACCAAAGUGAACUUUGAAAAAUAUAAAUCUGACCAUCACAUAAUAGAACGUGCAACUUCUAACCCUGGCUUAUAAGGCCUGGUGUCCCCCCUUCCAUGUCUCAAACCUAUCUCCUCAGUCCCUCGGCUCCUGCCAUCCUGGCCUCCUUGCCAUCUUGAAUCCCCAGCCACACUCCUACCCCAGAGCCUUUGCACAUGCUCUCUCCUCUUUCUGGAACCCCUGUGCUCACACCUGCUCACUUAUGGGUGUCUCCUCCUUAUUGUUGGAUCUCAGCUCAAAAUUCUCAUUCUCAGAGAGGCCUAAAUGCCCCUCCUUUAAAAAAAAAGAAAAAAAGCUUUGUUUUCUUCAUAGCACUUAUCACUGAAUGUACCAUGAUGAUUGCUUGUUUACUGCUUGUCUGUCUCUUCCACUAGAAUGUGAGCUCCAGGAGGGCAGGGCCUUUGUCUUGUUCCCCGUGGUGCCUUCCUUACCUAGCACAGGGUAUGGUAUGCAGUAGGCACUCAAUAAAUGUGAGUGACUGAAGAAACAAUCGGACCACUUUCAGCCUCAUCUCCCACCAUUUCUUCCCUCCCCCGCCCACCAUGGCACUGUGAGCUCCAGUCCCACCACCUGGUCCCUCCCACUGACCACGCCUUCCCAAGCCCCCAUGACCCAGAACCCCCUCCAUCCUUGCCUACGUCUCCCCUCAAGGCUCCCCCUCCUCCAGGGCAGCCUCCCUCCUCUGCUAGCCAGUUGCUGUGAUCUCCUUGCUGGUUAGUCUGCCAGGCUAGGCUGUGAGUUCCAGUCCUGGUGCAUAAAGGCUUAGGUGCCUCAGUGGCUGUGAAGACAGCAGGCCCUUCUGUCCUCACCAUUUCAGCUCCCUGUACCUGGGGUUUUCCCUUCCAGGGAGUUUCCUGAGUCUUUCUGUUCCUUUAAUACCCCAUUCUUCCUCCUCGGAGAUCCGGGAGAGGCCAGGGGCCCUAAGUCACCCAGCCAGGGGCCCUUAAGUGAGUGAGAGCCAGCCUGAUGUAGGUGUCAUUUCCAUUUGGCUGCUAAGUGGGGGCUGAGGGGGCUGAGGGAACGACUCGCUCAGAGCCCUGGAGAAACUGACAACUGAGACGGGAGCCUGACAGCCCCUGAGGCCAAAUCCCAGGGUUUCACUCAGGGUUCCUCCAACUUCCACUCCUGGUCUCAGACCUGACAGGCUCUGGGCAACCUGGCAGCUGAAGCCCUGGAAGGCAGGAGUCGUGUGUGACCCACAUGGUGCUCCCAUCAAGAAGAGUGCCUCUGUGAGCAUUUCUCAAAGGGAUGGACUUCCAUCCAAGGGCAGGAAGCCCCUUUCUUUGGCAUCUGUGCUUUGGGACAAGGAGUUCCAACAGUCCCUUCAACUGUCCUAUUGAUAAGCCUUUUGAGGGGUCCUGCUUAAAUCCCCCCACCCAGAGACAUACAGAUAUGGGGGGCACAGGAAAGGCUUCUCGAAAAAGCAAAUGCUCCCCUCCAGGGCUGGAAGGGACCUUGGAGCUGACCCAGGCCUGGGAAUUGUAGAGGGGGAGGAAGUGGCUUGCUCAAGGUCAUCCAGCAAAGCUGUGGGCCCUCAUUCUGCCGGGGCCCCAGUGCUGCUGGAAACCAGCCUUGGUCCCUCUGACCACUUCCUCGCCUGAGAUCUUAAUCACGAAUUUUCCACAGCUGCUCUGGGUACAGGGUAUGUAGGGACGCGUAAGGGGGUGUUGGGCAGCUGUGGUUUUCACCAGUAAAGCGGCAGUUAAAGAUGGAGAGGGCGAUAAGGUCGUAAGCUCUACCCUGAGGCCCCGUGGGAGGGAAGGAGUAAUUUGGCAGAUGGGGCAGGGCGCUGCAGGGAAGGUGGAAAACUGACCACAGCUGUGGUCCUGGCCCUGGAGUCCUCACCUUGGAGCCUUCCCCCGUGCUGGCAGCUGGCUUGGGUUUGGGGACACCCUCCUGCAGAAGCCUCUCUGAGGAGGGGCCAGACGUCCUGGAGAGGGAGUAGGCAAGUCUGGGGGUCUGGGGAGCCCCGAGAAGAGUCUUUUAAAGAAUUGAACACAUAGUAAAUAUAUCAACUUUGCAAAACAGUGCACAGUGAUCAUAAUCUUUUGGGUUUGUCAUCGAGGACCAGCCGUCCUCAGCUCACCUCUGUGCCUGAUUGAGCUGGGAGGACCCCGAGAACCCACCCUUUGUCCCCAUCCCCCCCCCCGGGGUAGUUCUGUCAGCCAAGGGUUUCUAUGGCAACCUCUCUUUGGUUCUGGCUUCCCUUCGUUACUCAUUCAACAAGCGUUUAAUGAGGACCUGCUCUGUGCUGUUCUAACUGCUUGGGAAUGUCAGUGGACAAGAUGGGCCCAGAUCCCUGCCCCCGUGGACUGGUCUUCUAGCAAGUUGGAUGAACUUUAUGCCCCCCUUUCCAGGAAAAUGCAUUUAGGUAUGAAAACUUGUCUACAAAUUUGUGGGGCUCCUGGACCCCAAUUGAAGCACCUUCAUCUUAGAGGGGUGAUUCCCUAACGCAGCUUGCUACCCUAACACAGUCUGAGCAUUUCCUCCUGUCCUGGGCCCCUCUGAACCAGGAGUGAGGGGGCAGCAGAAGCCAGCCAGGCCCCCCGCAAGUUCUCAGUCCACUGGUGCUGACUUGCUGAUGGACGUCAUGGAGCCCCAGGGGGCUCUGAGCAUCUCAGAGCUGGUCUCUGGGGACGUAGGUGAGCUUUGAGAGCCCAGCUCAGGUCUGAGAGGCAGGGCAGGGAGGUAGAGAAAGUGUGUCCCUCAUGAGGAGGGCCAGAGCCUGGGCAUAAGCCAAGCUUAGAAGCCUGUGGCUGGUGGUGGCCUUGAGGCCUCCAUCCAUCCCCUGCCUUCAGAAGAGCAGCUUGUCCUCCAAGACUCCGGUCAGGGGUCUGUCCUGUCCCUGGUUGUCCCCACCCUGACCUUCCUCCAUGUGCAUCUCUCCCAUCGCCGCCCUCUUCACACAGCGGGGCUGGUCUCUUUCUAGGUCCGUUUCCCCCACUAACUCAGCAGCCCUGUGAACGUAGGCCUGUGCCCGCCGUCUGUGUUCCUGCCUCCUGUCUCCACCCAUGACAUGGUCAAUGGUCAAUAAGGUUUGUUAGUUGAUUGGCUGAAAGAUGCAAAACCCAGCAGGGAUAACAAAGAGAUGAGUGGUUUUCCUGUGAGCUUUAGGCCACCCACCCCCAGGAAGCAGACUCUGAGACAAAGGUGAGCCUGCAGGGCACUCACCAGUAGAGCUCUUGGGGUCAGUACCUCUGGUGAGAAGAGAAGGAAGCAGGACAGGACAGAGGGAGGAGUGGGCUGCUGUGUAGACAAAGCCUCAGCUGACCCUGGGGAUUUCUGGAGGUGGGGUGGCUCCUCAGAUCUGGGGGCAGGGCAUCAGGCCUUUGCAUCCCGCACCUAUCAUUGGAUGAGAGCUCCAUGGGGGACCUCAGCCAUAGGCAAGGCCAUUGCCAUAGGAGCUGACACUGAGACCCCUCGCAGCAGCUGGGGGUUGUCCUUCUUUUCUGGUGGCACAUCAGGUGGCCACCACACUACCUCUCUCAUAGUAAGAGAGACUAACCUUUUAUAUAUGUGUGUGUAUCUUUUUAAAUGUCAUAACGUUUAUCUAUUCGAACAUACUAAAUAAACAAAAUAUAAAACUAAAUACCAUAUACUGAAACAAGAGGUUUUUGAACCUCCGUGGAGUGGGUCCUCAGGCCAUCAGGCUGUCUCUGGGGACCCUCGUAGGGUCCCUAAGGAUCCUCUUGGUGAACACUCCUUCCUAGGGUCCGGCUGCUGAUGUCCACUGCCCCCAAACUCAGAAGAGCCUCUCUAGGACCCAGGGGCUGGGCAUGCCCCCCUUCUCUGCUGACCCAGCCCCGGCUCCCAGUCCAAGGCCAUGUUGCUAUCUCCAAGAUCAGAUGGUGGGUAGGACAGCAUCAGGCACGUGCUCUGCCUCCCACCCUGUCCAGGGACCUUGCUCGCCAGCUGUGGGCGGUUUGGGCCAACCUCUCCGCCUCCUCCCUGCUGUGGCCCCAGCCUAUAAAGCCACCCUGUGUGUCCCCGCCGACCCUGGCCCCCUCCCCUGACACCCAGAGCCACAAUGGCAGAGCUGCCGGUGUCGGAGAUGCCCAGGGACCCUGCUCUGUGCAGUGGGCGCUUCACCAUCAGCACGUUGUUGGGGGGCGAUGAGCCCCCCCCACCGGCCGCCUAUGACAGCAGCCACCCCAGCCACCUGACCCACGGCAGCACCUUCUACAUGCGCACCUUUGGCUACAACACUAUCGAUGUGGUGCCUGCCUACGAGCACUAUGCCAACAGCACCCUGCCCGGCGAGCCCCGAAAGGUCCGGCCCACACUGGCCGACCUGCACUCCUUCCUCAAGCAGGAAGGCAGCCACCUGCAUGCCCUGGCCUUUGACAGCCGGCCCAGCCAUGAGAUGACCGAUGGGCUGGUGGAGGAUGAGGCAGGUACCAACGGCGAGAAGAACCCUGAGGAGCCUGCGCGCUUUGGCUGGGUCAAGGGGGUGAUGAUCCGUUGCAUGCUCAAUAUCUGGGGUGUGAUCCUCUAUCUGCGGCUCCCCUGGAUUACCGCCCAGGCAGGCAUUGUCCUGACCUGGAUCAUCAUCCUGCUCUCGGUCAUGGUGACCUCCAUCACGGGCCUCUCCAUCUCGGCCAUCUCCACCAACGGCAAGGUCAAGUCAGGUGGCACCUACUUCCUCAUCUCCCGGAGUCUUGGCCCAGAGCUAGGGGGCUCCAUCGGCCUCAUCUUUGCCUUCGCCAAUGCUGUGGGUGUGGCCAUGCACACCGUGGGCUUCGCAGAGACCGUGCAGGACUUGCUCCAGGAGCACGGCUCGCCCAUCGUGGACCCCACCAACGAUAUCCGCAUCAUUGGCGUGGUCACCGUCACUGUGCUGCUGGCCAUCUCCCUGGCUGGCAUGGAGUGGGAGUCCAAGGCCCAGGUGCUCUUCUUCCUCGUCAUCAUGGUCUCUUUUGCCAACUACCUGGUUGGGACACUGAUCCCCCCCUCUGAGGACAAGGCCUCCAAAGGCUUCUUCAGCUACCGGGCGGACAUUUUUGCCCAGAACUUGGUGCCUGACUGGCGGGGCGUGGACGGCAGCUUCUUCGGGAUGUUUUCCAUCUUCUUCCCUUCAGCCACGGGCAUCCUGGCAGGAGCCAACAUCUCCGGGGACCUCAAGGACCCUGCUGUAGCCAUCCCCAAGGGAACUCUCAUGGCCAUUUUCUGGACCACCAUUUCCUACCUAGCUAUCUCGGCCACCAUUGGCUCCUGUGUGGUUCGAGAUGCCUCCGGGAUCCUGAAUGACACGGUGACCCCCGGCUCAGGCGCCUGCGAGGGGCUGGCCUGUGGCUACGGCUGGAACUUUACCGAGUGCUCCCAGCAGCACAGCUGCCGCUACGGCCUCAUCAACCACUACCAGACCAUGAGCAUGGUGUCGGGCUUCGCACCCCUGAUCACGGCCGGCAUCUUUGGGGCCACCCUCUCCUCAGCCCUGGCCUGUCUCGUCUCUGCCGCCAAAGUUUUCCAGUGCCUGUGCAUGGACCAGCUGUACCCGCUGAUCGGCUUCUUCGGCAAAGGCUAUGGCAAGAACAAUGAGCCAGUGCGUGGCUACCUGCUGGCCUAUGCCAUUGCUGUGGCCUUCAUCAUCAUUGCUGGGACCUCCCUCCCCAGGUCUGAACUAGCCCCCAGGAGCACAUUGGGAACACAGGACAAGCUGACUGAUUCCUCCUCGGGAGCUGGUACAAACAGCUGGAUCACUAUCUCUGUAGCUGAGCUCAACACCAUCGCCCCCAUCAUCUCCAACUUCUUCCUGUGCUCCUAUGCGCUCAUCAACUUCAGCUGCUUCCACGCCUCCAUCACCAACUCACCCGGGUGGAGACCCUCAUUCCGAUACUACAGCAAGUGGGCGGCACUGUUUGGGGCGAUCAUCUCCGUGGUCAUCAUGUUCCUUCUCACCUGGUGGGCGGCCCUCAUCGCCAUCGGUGUGGUCCUCUUCCUCCUGCUCUAUGUGAUCUACAAGAAGCCAGAGGUGAACUGGGGCUCCUCGGUACAGGCUGGCUCCUACAACCUGGCCCUGAGCUACUCGGUGGGUCUCAACGAGGUGGAGGACCACAUCAAGAACUAUCGCCCCCAGUGCCUGGUGCUCACGGGGCCCCCCAACUUCCGCCCAGCCCUGGUGGACUUUGUGGGCACCUUCACCCGGAAUCUCAGCUUGAUGAUCUGCGGCCACGUGCUCAUUGGACCCCGCAAACAGAGGAUGCCUGAGCUCCGGCUCAUCGCCAACGGGCACACCAAGUGGCUGAACAAGAGGAAGAUCAAGGCCUUCUACUCUGACGUCAUCGCUGAGGACCUCCGCAGUGGUGUCCAGAUUCUCAUGCAGGCUGCAGGUCUCGGGAGGAUGAAGCCCAACAUUCUGGUGGUCGGGUUCAAGAAGAACUGGCAGUCGGCUCACCCGGCCACAGUGGAAGACUACGUCGGCAUCCUGCACGACGCUUUUGAUUUCAACUACAGUGUGUGUGUCAUGAGGAUGCGGGAGGGGCUCAACAUCUCGAAGGUGAUGCAGGCGCACAUUAACCCCGUGUUUGACCCAGCGGAGGAUGGCAAGGAAGCCAGAGCCAGUGGAGCCAGGCUGUCUGUCUCCGGCACGGUGGACCCCGAGGGCCUGGUGCAGGAAGAGCAGGCCAGCACCAUCUUCCAGUCGGAGCAGGGAAAGAAGACCAUCGACAUCUACUGGCUAUUCGACGAUGGAGGCCUCACCCUCCUCAUCCCCUAUCUCCUCGGCCGCAAGAAGAGAUGGAGUAAAUGCAGGACCCGCGUGUUCGUGGGGGGCCAGAUCAACAGGCUGGACCAGGAGAGAAAGGCGAUCAUUUCUCUGCUGAGCAAGUUCCGGCUAGGAUUCCACGAAGUUCACAUCCUUCCCGACAUCAACCAGAAGCCGCAGGCUGAGCACACCAAGCGGUUUGAGGACAUGAUUGCGCCCUUCCGCCUGAAUGAUGGUUUCAAAGACGAGGCCACGGUCAUGGAGAUGAGGCGGGACUGCCCCUGGAAGAUCUCGGAUGAGGAGAUUAACAAGAAUAGAGUCAAGUCCCUUCGGCAGGUGAGGCUGAACGAGAUUCUGCUAGAUUACUCCCGGGAUGCCGCUCUGGUCAUCAUCACCUUGCCCAUAGGGAGGAAGGGGAAGUGCCCGAGCUCGCUCUACAUGGCCUGGCUGGAGACGCUGUCCCAGGACCUCAGACCUCCGGUCAUCCUGAUCCGAGGAAACCAGGAAAACGUGCUCACCUUUUACUGCCAGUAACUCCGGGCUUGGCUGUGCCUGCCCAAAGCCAGGAUGCAGGGGAUGCCCACCUGUCCACGGGGACAGGACACAUGCCCCAACGCACUUUAAGUGGUAGCAUCUGAUGACCUCAUGGAAGAAGCUGGUAGAUUUCCAAAUUUCAGCUGGACCCCACUCCCCUCAGACAAGUCCUCUGGGCUUUGUUUUUCUGGGCUGGAGAAGUAGCAGGUGGAGCUGUCUGGAAAACUCUCUGGUGGAUUCAUAUUCCUUUUAAGUUUUCUUUUGCUCUUGAUUACAACAAAUUAAGAUUUCAAUCUUUGAUUUGUAUACAAAUUUUAGUCAGAGUGCUGAGUGUGAAUUUUGGCCGUUUCUACAGACCUUUCCUGGGAGCACCCCCUAAACACUCCUCCCCCCUCCAAUAUCAGGAGAGUGGGCACCCCACCUACAGCCCUUACAGGGGGAAUACAGGGGCUCGUUGAGCCUCCAUAACAAUGCAAAUUUAUUUAACCACCUCUCACUUCCUUUGCUUUCAAUAGCACGUCUUCAGUGUUUUGGUUGGUUCUUUGGUAGACCGGGACUUUCAAACAUUUUCAGACUGCAACCCACAGUAAGAAAUCUAUUUUACAUUGAGGUUUGGAACAAACACAGUGAAACUGAAGUGUCACAAAACAAUCCUUAUCCUUACUAUGAGUGAUGCACUUUGGUAUUUUCUAUUCUUUCUACUUCUUGUUCUCCUUUUAAUGUUGGUUGCAAUCCACUAAAAUGAGUUUGGGAUCCACUAAUGGGUGCUGACUCAUGAUUUGAAAAAUACAGCUUAGACUUUCUUCUGUGCCCUGUGUUUUUCUAUACAACAGGGAGUUCAUCUAGUUGGAGAAAGGCCAUGGUGGGCAUCACUGGCAUUUUCCCGAGCUCAUCCCACAGGGAAGGAAAGGGAACCAACAAAAACACCAGGAGGAGGGGUAUGGAUGGUGGGUGUGUCAGGAAAGAGCUUCAAAGGAGGGGCAUGGUUUAGGGAGUCUCAUGCAGGGGUGUUAAAUUUCAGGUUUGGUUGGGGGUGCAGGUUUGGUGGGUCAGGAAUGGGGAAGCAGAGAGGUGGGUGUAAAGAUGGCAACAUUGGGCAAAGAAUCAGAAAGGUCCAAACCCAGCCCAAGGCUGGGGGGAAGGACAGGGAGGAGGAACCACCAGUAAGAGAUGGAAACAGAGUAAGUAGCAGAGGGGCUGCAGUGCGGGGAACGUAAGAUGGGGCUCAGAGACGAGAGAGAACCUGGGGGAGAUGAACCUUGCUCAGGUAAGUGUGUUCAGGCUACUGUGGAUGGAACCCCCCAGAGUGUUUGCACCGCCACCUGGGAUGCAGGAGCAGAAUGUACAUUAAGAUAUGUCCAAUGCUGGUGCGUGAGGCUCUCUGAAAGGGCAUUUCAGCUCAGACGUACCCAAGCGGCAUAAAGGUGAGCUGUUGGGGGAUUCCACUGGCUGAGCCUUCUUCCAAUUGCACUGGGGUAGCCAAGGAACCAGGCAUCUUUGGGUCUGGUUGACCCCCUCCAAGUGCACUGAAGCACCCACUUAGUCAUGAAGGCGAAAGUCCCUUUCUUGGGGUUGGGACUCAAAGGACUUUAGUGUUCGUCCCACUACAGAGACCAAGGCCCUGGGUUCCCAGGCUGUGAUAAGCCCCACUGUCCUGUUAUUACAUCAGGCCUUUGCUGAGGGAGCCAGAGCGCCUGGCUGAGCUCCUGAAGGACGGAGAGGGGGCUGCCUCUGAGCCGUUCAGUGGACCUGGACCAACUCUAACUCCAGGUAAGGCAAAGGCUCCAUCAGGGAAUGCUUGCCUUUCUAGAGCCGCAUGGAAAACCAUUUCCUGGCAAACAGGUGCUCCCUCUUCUGACCUCAGGGAGUCACUGAUCCAAGAACAGAGAAUGCUUUGCCUUUGGGAAUUAAAAAAAAAAAAAUUCACCGUGUUGGAAACCAAAUUUUGAACAAUGAUAAUAGCUUUGUUUAAAAAAAACAAAGGCUUUGGGGACUUCCCUGGUGGUGCAGUGGUUAAGA